CCCGUCUCUCAGGUCUACGGCGAGUUAAGCCCGGAGGGAAAAGGACAAAAAAACACAGAGAGAGAGAGAGAAAAAAAAAACACAAAUCGCGCCACCACGGGAGGCGUACGGCGCACCGCCCGGCCGCUGGAUCUGCGCCGGCGACACUCUGGACGUCGGAUCUCCGCCGCCGGAGGAGGAGGGAGGCGGCGCUCGGACCAUUCCCCUCCCGAGAGCGCCCAGAUCCGUCCCGCCGGAUAUAUAUCAAUCGAUGGUGAGAUAGAGUGCUUCCAGUUGAUGCAUAGUUGGUGAAGACAUAUUCUCUGUAGACUACUGGCAAUUGCUCAUCAGCGAGUUGGAAGACUAUUUCCAUUCCCUUGCUGCCUAUAUUUGCUUGCUUCUCUGGUGGAGCACACGAGAGGAGGAAGCAGAUAAAGGCAGCUCCUUUCAGGCCUUCUAUGUCCAGGGACUUUGAUUGUCCUGUUCAGACACAGAUGGCUGUUGCCAUCCUGGAUCGGAACUUCAGCAGUGAAUAUCCUGGAGGUAGCAGAACUGAGGGGAGACCACUGAGCUGGAAGAGAGUCUUUGUCCAAACUGACAAUGGUUCUGUCCUUGGCAUUGAGUUGGAGAGGGGCGAAAAUGCACAGACUGUGAAAAAGAAGCUGCAGAUUGCCCUCAAUGUGCCCACAGAUGAGAGCUCACUGACUUUCGGUGAUCUGGUUCUGAAUAAUGAUCUUAGCAGCAUUCGCAAUGACUCGCCGUUGCUUCUCAAAAGGAAUCAGAUGCAUCGAAGCAACUCCACACCUUGCCUCUCUCCUACUGGAAAGGAUGUGUGGCAGCGAGACCGGAGUGGGCCCAUUGAAGUCCUUGGAUGUUCAAGCCCUUCCUCUCGGAUGAAGCAGCUUGCUAAGGAUGUCGUCAAAGCCAUAAGGAAUGGUGUUGACCCAGUAGCUGUUAACAGUGGGAUGGGUGGUGCCUACUACUUCAAGAACAUCUGGGGAGAGCGUGUUGCAAUUGUCAAGCCAACUGAUGAGGAACCAUUUGCUCCGAACAACCCAAAAGGUUUUGUGGGGAAGGCUCUGGGACAGCCAGGCCUCAAAAGAUCUGUGCGGAUUGGUGAGACAGGGUUCCGAGAGGUUGCUGCUUACCUCCUUGAUUACAAUCACUUUGCAAAUGUUCCUCCCACCAUGCUGGUCAAGAUAACACACACUGUGUUCAAUGUGAAUGAUUGUGUUGGCUGCAAAACUAAAGUCUUCGGCAACAAAUCAGAGGCUGUGAGCAAGAUUGCAUCAUUGCAGCAGUUCAUCACUCAUGAUUUUGAUGCCAGCGACCAUGGGACAUCAAGCUUCCCUGUAUCUGCAGUGCAUAGGAUUGGCAUACUUGAUGUCAGAAUCUUCAACACAGACAGGCAUGCUGGAAAUCUUCUGGUCAGGAAGCUUGGCCCCGGGGCUGACAAUUUUGGAGAGCAGACAGAACUCAUUCCUAUCGACCAUGGUCUUUGUCUGCCAGAAUGCCUAGAAGACCCUUACUUUGAAUGGAUCCACUGGCCGCAGGCAUCCGUUCCUUUCUCCGAGGAGGAGCUUGAGUACAUUGCAAAACUUGAUCCUGUGAAAGAUGCUGAAAUGCUUCGCAUGGAGCUGCCCAUGAUCCGUGAGGCAUGUCUCAGGGUGUUGGUGCUGUCAACAACAUUUCUCAAGGAAGCUGCAGGGUUUGGCCUCAGCUUGUCGGAGAUAGGAGAGAUGAUGAGCAGGCAGUUCACUGCAAAAGAAGAGGAGCCAAGUGAGCUUGAGCUUCUCUGCAUGGAGGCAAGGAAAUGGGUUGAGGAAAGAGAGCUCUCUCUUCCCGAUGAAGCCGGAGUUGAAGAUGACGAUGAUGACUUCACCCAGUUCCCUCUUGAGGAUGAUUCAGAUGCAUUUGAAGCACCAGCUUUCAGCAAGUUUGGGACCAUGAAGGCAAGUUCCAGGAAUCCACUGUCCAAGUUAGAUGAAUGUGAUGAGGAAGACAAAGACGAGGAUGAGGAUGACACCUACACUACCAAGGAGGAUGCUGACAUCUUGACCAGCGCAUUACCACUCCAGUUUCCUGGUAUCUCAAAGUUAUCAUCGUCCAUGAAGGGGCUUGGUUUCCUUGGGAAAUCUAAAGCCUAUCAUACAGGUGUCCCAAAGAGCAAGGUGACUGGUAAAACUAACUAUAGUGGCAAAGCUAGUGAGCAUCAGUCCGGGAGCAGGAGCGCAAAUGAGCUGCUCCUUCCCAGCGCCAGUUUUGUGAAGGUGUCGGACAUGGGCCCUCAUGAGUGGAGUGCAUUCAUCGAGAAGUUCCAGGAGCUGCUCCCGAGCGCUUUCCGUGCCCGGAAGCACGCUGCUGGUGUCGGUCCGCGUCCAUUGCAGAGGCUGGGCACGUCUUGCCAGUUUUGAAAGUAGCAGACGAGAAGCUACAAGGUAAUGUAGUUCGAGCUCAGGUAUGCAGCAGCAGCAGCAGCAGCAGCUAUUAUAUGCCUGUAAGUGUUUGGAGAUAAUAGACGUGGUUCGAGAAUAAGACCGUCCUUGACAUAUGAGCUUGCGGGAGGGUGGUGUGUUUGUGCAUAGUCUUGACUUAUGAGAUGAGUUGUUCUUUUCUUUGUAUAUAGUACUACACCGGGCUCGAUCCUGGCCGUUAUCUGAUGGUGGUGAGUGUGCUGGCAUCGCCUGUGUUUCAACCUUUGCCGCUGUACCAUUUUGGAGACGAUUACCGUAAUAUGAACUGUGAUAUUGCUCCAGAUAUGCAUAAAUAUCAUCUGUCUAUCUGUAAUUUGUAUGUGUUA